AAUGAAAGAAUAAACAAGGAUGAUAUACUAAGUAUAAACAAAAAAAAAAUAGAUGACCCCACAGGAACAACGCACAAAUUUUGAUUUGAUAUUUAUUUUUUAUUCGAAAAACCAAAAAGAAGACCUCAACAGUCACCACGAAAAUAAGUUCGCAAAAAGUUACAAAUAGUUUGAUAUAAAUUUAUGUUUCCGAAGGAAGACAAGGAAGUUGUCCUCGAAUCCUUCAGGCACCAGGGUAUGCAGCGAUUUUGUAAAUGCUCAAAAUUCUGUAGUGUUUUUUUAAGGUCUAAAUCUUUGACUCAAAGGCCUAAAUUUUCACUUGGAGAUUUUCUCGUUUCUCGGUGUUAAUAAUUUUCAUACUAUGCUGGGUCCAGUUAAAAGCAGUCUGGUUCGUCAUCGAAGUCGACGACGUUCCUCCAAUAAAACUAAAAAGUACUGGACGUUCGAUACAAAUACGUACAUGGAGUACGUUGCACAGGAAUUUACAAAAGAUGUACUGUGGACAUUUCCUCUAGAUGAAUUAAUUAAAUCCCUUUCAGCUUGCGCCUCAAAACUCAACGUCGCGCUACGCAAACAGCAUCUAAUUGAGGAGCAACUGCAACAGUGGGGCAUCUCCGAUCCAACUGAAUCAAAUGGUAACAGUGGUAACACUUCAGCCAGUUCAGCAAAAAGAGCGAGGAGAUCUUCCUCACAAGAUGAAUCAGAAUCGUCUCGAGAACAGAACUUCAAUUUGAAGGACAGCGAAGAGAUGUGCGCAAAAUUGGAGGAAUUAAAAAAGGCCGAAGUCAAGUCGGGUGAAAAGAUCAGUGACAACCAAAGGAGUGUUAUCUUAGGUGUUCUUCGAACUAUUUUCAUUCACGAGACCCGAUUUUCUACCGAAGAACUACGUAAUAUUUUGACGACGCUCAGUUCUAUACUCCCAUCUUUGAAUAAACAUUUUACUAAAUGCAUACGCAUUUAAACAAAUCAUUAACAGAUAUCUGUUAAUGAAAUCCGUAUUUUGUUCCCCGUAAUGCAUAAAUCAUUCAUUUAUCGUA